GUUUCAACAUCUUGAUAUUGCUGCACAGCUUUCAGAAAGAGAAUUUUUGAUGCCAGCACUUCUUCCUCUCAUUGAUAUAUCUGACACUGAGGUAGCUACUCUUAAAACAACACCUUUACUUUUCUACUUUAAAGACAGAGCUGUUCCUAUGGGCCUCUUUUGUGCUGUUAUAGUGCAUCUUCUCUCAGACUCUUGGAGAAUUACUUCCAGGCAAGGAAAUUAUUCUAAUUUUUUUACAUUGCAAAAAACAAUGGAAGGUUGUCAAAUUAUAAACUUGACUCUAGUAGAACAGCUUGAUUGCAUUGAAAUACAUUGUGGAAAAACUGCUGAUAGAGUCAAAGUUAAAGACGCUGUAGAAAAAUCCAUUAAAGAUGUAAUGGAGAAGAAAAAUAUUGAUGAUGAGUUACCAAUUCUGGCAUUUUAUUGUUCAUGUGGUGAUGCAAGAGAUCAUAAAGCUACAAUAAAGAAUAGCACAAUAAAAGAAGACUUUAUCAUUGUUAACUGUGAAAAAUUUGAUGAUGAUAUAGAGGAAAAAUCUACAGAAAAUUGUUCAUGGCUUACUAGCAAAAGAGAUAUAAAAGAUGAAUUUACAAAAAUCCUCCACAUUGGUGAUUUAAAGGAAAUAAUCACAAUAUUACAGGAAAAAGAGUUUCCAUUUGACAAAUGGUUUGAUUUUGGAUUAAGGUUGGAUGUUACUUAUAAUCAGUUACAAGUUAUUAAAAAUGACAUGAGAGAAAGCCAUCCUUGUCUUCGUGAAUGCCUUGCAAAAUGGUUGAUAACUGGUAAAGCAAGAUACAAAGAACUAAUUGAGGCUGUUAAAGGUAUUGGUGAAUGUGCUGUAGCUGAUGCUAUAGAACAUUUAAGUACAAAAUAAUUUUUGUGUUACUAUUAUUAUAGGAAAUCUGUUUUCUUUAAAUUAAAAUACUCCAAGACUAACUAGAUUUAUAGAUUUUUAUAGGUGUACAUGUACAAACUCAUUUGAAAAAAUAAUCUAAUUUGACUAUUCUUUUAUUUUUCUUAAUUUUGGUUUGUAUUGUCUUCCGUCUCCUCUACUCUUUAUUUUGGUUUUGCGUGUCCUUCUUGUGAUAUCAGUAUAUACUUUAGUUUGUAUAUGUCAUUGCUAUGUCAUUUUUGCUUUUGUUUUGUGUUAUAUUUUAAAACCUAAAGAAUGAGAGGAAGAGAGGGAGGAAGGAGAGAAAUUAUACAUAAUAUUC